GGCGUUGGCGGCGGCGGCGGCGUCAGCGGGUGCACGCCAAGAGGUUAUACGCUACACCUCGCAGUUGUAUAGUGAGUCAGUUUCGGUCGGCUUUGCAUCGCCAACGGUCGUCGGUCGCGCGCGGACUUUGGCCCCGAAACGUGCUCGUCGAGGAGUCGUACGUUAUGACGAUAGUACGUACUACCGGAGUGCGAGCGUCGUGAUACACACCCGUAUACUGCUGGUCGGGGGGGUUGAAAUUUGGAGAUCGAAAAACACGCAAGCACGCACGCACGCGAACCUUUGCCACUGACGUCGACGAGCGAUAGCCGCAGGAACGAAUGACGAGACGACAUCGACAAUGACAUAUUAUAUAUAAUUACCUGCUAGAUCGUGAAGUACCUGUGCUUGACUGAGUCUUAGGCCACUUGACGAUCGACGAAAAGCUGUUUGUGUGCGUGCGUGUGCUAGCCAGUUAGCGAUCCAUACCAUAAUACACACACAGUCACCGCAGUUCGUAUUUUACAGUCGAUUAUAGUAUUAUGAUCGUUCCGUUUUCCGAUAAAUUGGCGAGUCCGAUCGGUUAAACGAGGACCUACCUACCUAUAUAUAAUAUUAUACUGGUGCGAAGACCGUGCGACACACGUGCGUUUCACUCUCGGCACGUGCUGCUAUAAACUAUUACUAUCGGUGUUCCGAUGGGGUGGACGUUGCAACAGCCCAGGUCUCGUCAUUUGUUAUUGUUAUUCAUAACGUUCGCGACAUGCAUCACGUUCGUGUUCAUCUCCAAGUCUGAUACCAGAGAUUUAUACGAUCAUAGUUCUGUGACAUAUAAGAUGGCGGAAAUGGAAAUGCGCGUGGAUCAUUUAACCAGGCUGUAUGAAUUAAAAGACAAAGACGUCCAGGAACUAAUCAAGCAUUUCAGCUCGGUACUCAAAACGAUUGUGAAGUCGCUGAACGUAUCCGUUUCCGAAGACAUAGAAUCAUUAAUGAUUGCUUACAACAAGUCCGUGGAAAUGGUCAGGUCGCCGAUGGCACAUUUCGACGUGUACACAUUCUUACCCCAUCUGCGAUCCCACGAGAAUUAUUUGAGGCCGUUGAUAUUACAUUCCGGAGGCAGAAAUGCAGUGUCUAUGGUGUUUGGAGUUCCUACAGUUCGUCGCCAACAACAGACUUACUUAAUACAAACGUUGAUUAACAUCAUAAACAACAUGAAUCAAACUGAACAGAAAGAUUCGUUAAUAGUAGUAAUGAUUGGCGAAAUCGAUCAGCAAUACCUGCAACAAGUAACUGCGGAAAUCAAAAAUCGGCUACCAGAAGCAGUGAACUCGGGUCUCGUGGAUAUAAUCGCUCCGUCCCCGGAAUACUAUCCAGAUUUUAGCAAACUUCGCAUAACGCUCGGUGACUCCGAAGAUCGAGUUCGAUGGAGGAGCAAACAAAAUUUAGAUUAUGUUUUCUUAAUGAUGUACUGUCAACCGAAAGGAUCAUUUUAUGUUCAACUCGAAGACGACGUAGUCGCAAAACCGCAAUUCCACACUAUUAUGAAAAAAACGGCUUUGCAGAGGAUAGCCGACGGACAAGAGUGGUUCAUAUUGGAUUUCUGUCGACUUGGUUUUAUCGGCAAAAUGAUGAGAUGUUCUGAUUUACCAUGGCUGAUUCAAUUCAUCGUGAUGUUUUAUAACGAUAAACCAGGAGAUUGGCUUCUAGACGGAAUGAUGGAGACAAAAGCUUGUAAUCUUGAAAAAGAUCUGAGAGAUUGUCGAAAACGAAAAGACGAAAUAUGGGUGACAUUUAGACCGUCUCUUUUUCAACAUAUUGGAACCAGGUCAUCUUUGAAUGGCAAAAUUCAACUGUUAAAGGAUAGUCUUUUCAAGAAAAGCGUCAACGUAAAACGUAUAAAUAAAAUCAAAGGAAAAUGACCUAUGGCAAGGUACAGGUUACCUGUAGCAAAAAUCAAAAAAAGAUCUCAUCAAACGAUGAUGAUAUAAUUAAAACAACAAAGAAUCGUCUGUGAUUGCUCGAGUGAAAUAAUUUAUUAAUAUAUGUAAGCACAUCUAUUAUUAUUUUGUAUGAAAGUUCAAAUUUGAACGUUUGUGUGACUGUAUAAUAAUAAUAUAAGCAUUAAGUCAAUAUGGAAAUAAUAUAAUUACUGGUUACUUUCAUAUCAUUGAAAAGUAUUGUUAUAGAGAUGUGUUUGUUAUUCGUGUGAAAUAUACAUUUGCGUAUUGCAUUUAUUUCCACUCUA